AUGUACCUUAGGAGUUGGGGAGUUGAUUUGCUGGAAAGAAAUCGCUGGAAGUGGCCGGAAAUUAGUGAAUCGCCGCCUGGAGAGUUGGAAUCGCCGCUGAUGGAGGUCGCGCCGUCUGAGGUAAAGGCGCGCCUUCCAUGGAGUAAUCUACGGGAUUCAUCUGACGAGGAAACUGAGGACGAAGGCUCACGAACCUUCAUUGCACCUUCUGUGACCUCUCUAGAAGAGGCUAAGAAGAUUUCUAUUGCAGCAAUCAAUCGUCAACCACCAUAUCCACUGCCUCCACUCAAUCCUGAAAUUCCUGAAAAUCCAAAAGCACCUGUUGUAACCUACAAUCCUACCUCUGUGAUAUUCAAGAAGAAGAAAGACUCUGAGACCACUGCUAUACCUCUGACAGAAAUUGGAAAGUUCUCUUCCAAAAGAAUCAUUCGUGCUGUUGCUGCUGUCAAGUUAUCAGUUGUGAAAGAAGAUAAGAGUAUUGGAAGCCCUUCAUAUGCACGACCUCAGCCAGCGCAGUACUGGAGAACUGUCAUGAAAGACGAGGCAAUGCCCGAAGCAAUUCAAGGCCUGAUGGAAGCUAGAGAAUCCGGACCGCCUCUAAUCAGCCACAACAAUCUGAAAUCAGACUGCCAUACGUCUACUGCCACUGGUACUGCAUUCAACAACAAGAAAUCAAGGCUUUCUGCUCGAGAUAUUGAACCAAGGCCUAACAUCUCAGCUUACCACGAUGAUGAAAAGCUCAAGAAAGGAAAUGCUCAUGUGGAUGAUAUUGAGCCCAGGCCCAAUAUUUCAAGCUAUCAUGGAGACGAAAAGCUCAGAAACAAUGAGUCUUUCGACAAAGAUAUUGAACCGAGGCCUAAUGUCUCAGCUUACCAUGAUGAUGAAAAACUCAAGAAAGGUAAUUUUUAUCGGGAUGAUAUUGAACCAAGACCUAACGUUUCAAGCUAUCAUGAUGACGAAAAGCUCAGAAACAAUGAGUCUUUUGACAAAGAUAUUGAACCAAGGCCUAAUGUCUCAGCUUACCAUGAUGAUGAAAAGCUCAAGAAAGGUAAUUCUAAUAUGGAUGAUAUUGAACCAAGACCUAACAUUUCAAGCUAUCAUGACAACGAAAAGCUCAGAAACAAUGAAUCUUUCGACAAAGACAUCGAACCGAGACCGAAUGUUUCAUCUUACCAUGACGAUGAGAAGCUUAAGGAAAGUGAUUCUUUUUCAAAAGAUAUUGAACCGAGGCCUAAUGUUUCAAGCUAUCAUGAUGGCGAAAAACUCAGAGAUAACGAGUCUUUUGACAAAGACAUCGAACCAAGGCCGAAUGUUUCAUCCUACCAUGACGAUGCGAAUCUCAAAAAAAGUGAUUCUUUUUCAAAAGAUAUUGAACCGAGGCCUAAUGUUUCAAGCUAUCAUGAUGGCGAAAAACUCAGAGAUAACGAGUCUUUUGACAAAGACAUCGAACCAAGGCCGAAUGUUUCAUCCUACCAUGACGAUGCGAAUCUCAAAAAAAGUGAUUCUUUUUCAAAAGAUAUUGAACCUAGGCCUAACAUUUCAGCUUACCAAGGUGACAAGAAGCUCACAGAAAAUGAAUCAUUUAUCAAAGAUAUUGAACCAAGGCCGAAUGUUUCAUCCUACCAUGAUGAUGACAAGCUUACAAAAACAGACGCUUUCACAAAAGAUAUUGAACCACGACCUAAUGUCUCAUCCUAUGAUGACAAUGAAGCGCUUAAAGAAGAUAAGUCAUAUGCUGAUGAUUUGAAGCCAAGACCCAAUAUUUCAAUAUACCAGGAGUAGUUUGGGGUUGCAGAGUAAACAUAUGAGCCUCGAGCAUCAUAUGAUCCAUCAUCCUCAUAGCGUUAUCUUAAAUAAGAGGAUUUUCGUUUGUACUAUC